UGCGAAUCCCACCUGAUUCUCCAGCAUGACUGCUCCCUGUUUUUAGGUCCCAGGCCACCAUGACGAAGUUGAUUUUGUUGUGCCUGGCUGUGGCACUUUGUGUCUUCUGCAAAGAUGGGAAAGCCCUGUUUCAGAGAAGACACCCAGAUCAUAAAAUAGGUGAAAGAAAUUCAGGUGGCUUUUUGCCCAAUGCUUUGUCUUCUGGUAACUCACAAGGAAGAAAAAAAUCUUCCCUUGAUCGGUUCUUUAACAAUGAACUUAGGAUUUUAGAAGAGGCUGAAGACAGAUUGAAAAAACACCAUCAUCCGAAUUUAAGAUCAGAAGAUCCCUCAGCAGGGAUACCCAAAUCAGCAAGUAAACUUGCCAACAAUGUCUUUGGUGGUACGAAACUUGGUGGCAUUGCUUCAAAUCCAAGUAAAAUUGCUAAGGGUCCAUCUAGCUUAAGUGGAGUUCCUGCGAAAUCGGUAAUUGGAUCUGCUCCAAGUGGAGUUCCUGCGAAAUCGGUAAUUGGAUCUGCCCCAGGUGGAGUUGGUGUGAAGUCAGUAAUUGGAUCUGCUCCAAGUGGACUUGGUGAGAAAUUGGUACAGGAAUCUGCCCCAAGUGGACUUAAUGUGAAGUCGGUAAUUGGAUCUGCCCCAAGUAGACUUGGUAUGAAGUCGGCAAUUGGAUCAGCCCCAAGUGGACUUGGUGUGAAUUCAGUAAAGGGAUCUGCUCCAAGUGGAGUGAGCAUGAAUCCAGUAAUGGGAUCUGCCCCAGGUGGACUUGGUGUGAAGUCGGUAAUUGGAUCUGCCCCGAGUAGACUUGGUAUGAAGUCAGCAAUUGGAUCAGCCCCAAGUGGACUUGGUGUGAAUUCAGUAAUUGGAUCAGCCCCGAGUGGAGUGGGCAUGAAUCCGGUGAUGGGAUCUGCCCCAGGUGGACUUGGUGUGAAUUCAGUAAAGGGAUCAGCCCCAGGUGGAGUGGGUGUGAAUUCUGUAAUUGGGUCAGCCCCUAGUCUACCUGGUGUGAAGUCAGUAGUUGGAUCUGCCCCAAGUGGACUUGGUGUGAAUCCAGUAAUGGGAUCUGCCCCAGGUGGACUUGGUGUGAAGUCGGUAAUUGGAUCUGCCCCAAGUAGACUUGGUGUGAAUUCAGUAAUUGGAUCAGCCCCAAGUGGAGUGGGCAUAAAUCCGGUGAUGGGAUCUGCCCCAGGUGGACUUGGUGUGAAUUCCGUAAAGGGAUCAGCCCCAGGUGGAGUGGGUGUGAAUUCUGUAAUUGGGUCAGCCCCUAGUCUACCUGGUGUGAAGUCAGUAAUUGGAUCUGCCCCAAGUGGACUUGGUGUGAAUCCAGUAAUGGGAUCUGCCCCAGGUGGACUUGGUGUGAAUUCAGUAAAGGGAUCAGCCCCAGGUGGAGUGGGUGUGAAUUCUGUAAUUGGGUCAGCCCCUAGUCUGCCUGGUGUGAAGUCAGUAAUUGGAUCUGCCCCAAGUGGACUUGGUUUGAAUUCAGUAAUUGGAUCAGCCCCAGGUGGAGGGGGCAUGAGUCCAGUAAUGGGAUCUGCCCCAGGUGGCCUUGGUGUGAAUUCAGUAAUGGGAUCUGCCCCAAGUGGACCAGUGGACUUGGUGUGA